GCCUCAUCAUCAUUCUCCGUUUGUUUGCCAACAACAUCCCUGCUUCUCGCCGGUUUCAACCACAUCUGACACUUUAAAAUCGAUCUGUUUGCCUCCGUUAAACAAACAGACCCAGUUUUCUCUGCGGACACGCCGGACACGGGCCUCUUUCGUCCGUGAACCUCACCAUGGCCGCUGCUGGACUCCGCCGUUCCCCGGUAAUCCCGUGCCUGGUCCUGGCCGCGGUCUGCGCCUCCGUGCUGGGGCUCGGUGAAGACUUAGACCGGCCUUUGUUUGGGCCUCCCGGCUCUCCCAUCCGGCUUCAUGAGUCAGACCCGGGUUUGAAGAAGGCUCUGCAGUUCGCCGAAGAGCGCUACAACCGGGGCUCCAACGCCAUGCACCUCCGGAGAGUCAGCCGGGUUAUUUCAGCCACUAAACAGCUGGUUAAGGGGAUCCGCUACACUAUAACAGUGGAACUGAGCAACACUCAGUGUAAGAAAUCUGCCAUGCUCAGGACAUGUGACUUCUAUCCCGAGGCACACAAGCUGAAGACGGAGGUGUGUGUGUUCGAGGUCUGGGACAUUCCCUGGCAGGGCACAUCAACUCUUCUCAAACAGAAAUGCCAGGCUAAAGCCGAACCUCAGAUGGAUGAAACCAACAAGGCAGAGGAUCCAUCCAGCAGUGCACACAUUCAGGAGUCUGUGAAGCUGCUGGGCCAGUUCAAAGAGUUCAUGGUUAAAUACAACAAGGUGUACAGCAGCCAGGAAGAGACAGACCGGCGCUUGCAAAUCUUCCACGAAAACCUGAGAACAGCAGAGAAGAUCCAGUCUUUGGAUCAAGGAUCAGCUGAGUACGGGGUCACCAAGUUCAGCGACCUAACUGAGGAGGAGUUCCGCUCUUCGUACCUCAACCCCCUGCUGAGUCAGUGGACCCUCCAUCGCCCAAUGAAACCUGCUCCUCCUGCCAAAGAGCCCGCCCCUGCUAGCUGGGACUGGAGGGAUCAUGGUGCCGUCAGUUCUGUUAAGAACCAGGGUAUGUGUGGAUCUUGCUGGGCAUUUUCUGUCACAGGCAACAUUGAAGGCCAGUGGUUCCUGAAAAACGGGACCUUGCUUUCACUGUCUGAACAAGAGCUGGUGGACUGUGACGGUGUGGACCAGGCAUGCAGAGGUGGACUGCCCUCCAACGCUUAUGAAGCCAUCGAGAAACUCGGCGGUCUGGAGACAGAGAGCGACUACUCUUACACUGGACGCAAACAGAGGUGUGACUUCACCAGUGGGAAGGUGGCCGCCUACAUCAACAGCUCAGUGGAACUUUCCAAAGACGAGAAAGAGAUCGCAGCGUGGCUGGCUGAGAACGGACCGGUCUCUGUGGCUCUGAACGCCUUUGCCAUGCAGUUCUACAGGAAGGGAGUGUCUCACCCCUUGAAAAUCUUCUGCAACCCCUGGAUGAUUGACCAUGCUGUGCUGAUGGUGGGAUACGGAGCCCGGAACGGCGUCCCAUUCUGGGCCAUCAAAAACAGCUGGGGGGAGGAUUACGGAGAACAGGGUUACUACUACCUAUACAGAGGAUCCAAUGCAUGUGGGAUCAACAAGAUGUGCUCCUCUGCUGUCGUCAACUAAACCACUAGCACUUCCUGUUUGCACGUACACAUGUACAUUCGAUCAUGCUGCUCUACAUGCACUCAGCAGCCGAUGACCAGCACCUUAAAGCUACUUGGACACACAUUGGAUCCAAACACAUCAACACAUGCAUAAAAUAGUCCUACUGAUGUUUGUUUUUUCCGUUAAAACCAGGUUAGCAGUGUUCCACCUUUAUACCUCAGAUGUCAUGCCAUUGUACCAAAACAGACCAGGUCUAGGAACGCUAGGUGAACGUUUAGACUGAACUCUAGAUUUGGUGUGUGUGCUCAUCAUUACAUUCAGUUGCUGUGUUUUAGCCAGUGUUGCUUUUAACUCAUGUGUCGUUACAGUAACUGAGUCCCAUGUGUCAUGAAUUUGCCUAGACUUAUGUCUUUUUUUGGUUCUUUUGAGUAUUUGUGCUAAUGUUACUAAAACCUGGAAUGUUUUAGGGUUUUUUAUUUGGCAGUUUUGUGGUUUUAUCUUAUGCCUACACAACAGGAAUUCAGCUGUUCUAACUGCUGUGAAAUGAUGAGAAAUGAAUUAAGAUUGAAUAAUAAAAGGUGGAAUAUU